CGACCAUUUUUGCUUCUUCAAAAUUACUUCAGGGCAUUAUAUCAGGUCGUGACGUUUUCCUCUUCCUGUCCCUUUGGGUCGUGACGUUUCCCUCCCAAAAAUCCCAUUGACAAAAGAAAACAUCCCGCCUUUGCUUACACUUGUUUUUGCUUAGACUCUUGUUAGGUUGUUGUUCUGGACAUAGUAGAAGAAUGUUUGCGACAUCACAAGUAGAACUACUACAUACAAGAUAAUAGCUAGUUGUAGAUCUAGAUACUUUUACUUGUUGUACCUCUCUCACAGAAGACAAGAAGAGCAAGUUCAAGAAAUGAAAUGACAUUUGCCUACUUGUUCUGCCGCUUCUACGUCGGGAACGAGAAGAACAUAACAUUCGUCUUCAUUGAACGAUCAACACAAGGAGGAUCUAAUCUGAACCAAAACUACGAGUAGAAGAAUCUAUCACGUGAAACAACCAAGACGACCUCAACAGUGAAGUACGCGAAAAGCUUGCAGACUUCUAAACACGUGUCUGAAGACCUGCUCAUCCUCAAGAGCAGACUACGUACAACGCGAAGAUCGAAUCGUACUUCCUCAACAUCCAAAACAUAAGAAGCCAGCGUCAAGGAAGUCUAGGAGAAGCCUCAACCUCUUCUUCUAGAAGACAACUUGCCUCGUCUUCUAGCGAACAAAAUGCCGGUGGUCUAUUCGCCUCGGUUUGAUGAUGGGGGGCCAGCCCCCUGCGGCGCGCGAAUGGGCAGCAUAGAGCUGUUGCAAGCAGGGCUCGUUCCUUUUCUCUUUAUGGUGUGACAUCAUGAAUGUGCCUCUAGUACAAUCAGAGCUGCUCCUGCUAUGUAAUUAUAAUUGCAAAAAUAUCAUGUUGGCUCUAGUUGUACGUUGUAGUAGGUACAACUACCUCCGUAGGGAAUCAUUCAAAGUAGGAAGAUACCACCCAACUAUCGGAGGGAACAAGCAACCCUCGUCCUCCUUUCUUCAUACUCUUGGUCCGGUGCGCUCAUUGCGGGUUGAUACUCCAAAAUAGGGAUGCCGCGCCAUUGUCGCUGCAAAUCCUAUCCGCCGGGAGUCUUAUGAAAAGAUAAAGACUUGAAGAAAAGAUAAUGUAUCUUAAAAAAAAGAAAGACUCUUUAUUAAAGACUUCGAUUUUUAGAUUUGGAUACAAUGCAAACGAAGACCUGCCGUCACAGAAUUUGAAUGAUCCGUCGAAGCAAGAAGAACGAAAAUAUGUUAUAGAGUCUGCUAGAUUGCAUCGCGGCCCCCUCAUCUUGACGGGCCCCUUGAUGUACCUUGUAUUUCAUGAGAAUACAAGGGAAAAAGGGACCAAGAUGCCAAGAAUGAUGGACGCUAAAUGUUGACCAUCACUAUGGUUGUGAUUUCUGGUAUUCGAAAACUCAAAAUAAGCGAGCUACUGACUGAAAUAAGAGAGGCUUGACUACAUUCCUCUUCUUUCAGUAUCUCCCUUAUUUUCAAUAGUUACUCGGUUAUUUCAGUUUUUCGAGUAGACAGAACCUCCAACUGUUGGCUCUCCUCUAAUGUCUUGUGCCUGUAUACGAUCAUGGUCAUACUCCUGCUGCUGCAAGUAGUGGGUAAGAAGAGCAUUUGUGGAUUGAUACUCCUUUUUUUCGCAGCAAUUCUUUGCGGCUGUCUCCAGUACGCAUGCUCAAUAUUGUUCUUAUGGCCACAAGAACUGACGAAAAAUUCGAAAAAUACUAUCUGGUCUCUCUCGCCAGUAAUAGAGAAUGACCACCAGAGGCGUAUAAUAAUGAGAAAGAUGUCCUCUAUUCGAAUUGUGAGGCUAGCACACCAAGUUCUCUCCUUGAUGUAACAAGGUUCUUGUACUACUACUCGAUUAAAUAGUACUCCUUGUUCUUCUUCUUUCGUAGUAUCGGAGGUGCACCAUCAUUUUUAUCAACAAACUAAUCGUAAUUGUACUAGAUCAACAAUUACGACCGUUUAUGUAGUAUCAACUCUCUAAUCAUAACCGUGAAAUCAACAAUGGAGAACGCGGGAUCGAAUGCGACGUCAAAGACCUCACUGAUAACACAGAGAAGUAAAAGCGGCGUGAACGCGGAAAGAGGAAUAAUAUCAGCAGACACACCUGCAGUAGCUUUCCAAGAAUACCACCAACUUUUCUCGAUAGAGGUACUACUUACUACAAGUUUGAGUUUGUUGUUGAUUUGUGUUGUAGUUUGAAAGCAGAAUUCUAUGUAUCUAUAAGUUCGUUUUUGCCUGGAAGGUUGAGCAGCUUUCUUCCUGCUUGGGCUUUUUUCCUGUAAACACUUACUGUGAUACAAAAUUAUACUGAUUGAUUUUGAUGAGACAUCAUAUGCUUUAGGUAAAAUCAUCAUCAUCAUCACCAUCAUCGCCAUCAUUCUUUUUUUUUAUUUCUCAGAGAAACCACAAAGUCAAAUACAGGGUUAGCAACGUACUUCCUAAAAGUAAGAUGGAAUUGUUGCGUACUUUCUAACAGAUGACUGAAUGGGUGAGUGAAUGAAUUUGCCUAGCGCGGCAAGGCGUCGCGUGUACAACUGUUAUACUUAUAUCAUUUCUGAUAAAUUGUUUUAUAUCAGACAACUGUUUUACUUAUAAUAUAUCAUUUCUGAUAUUUAUAUAUUGUUUUAUAGCAAAGGAUCAUUGGAUCGUGUUUGCUCUCAUUUUCCUCCUCAGACGUACUUCGGUUGUUACGGAGUUGCCUUGUUAGCGUGGGUAGAGCUGUACUGUCAUCCGAAUGGGGGGUGGACACCAACGAUGGCAGACGCAGCUGAGCUGUCAGGGAAAUUUAUGAUGUUGUUCCAGUUGAAAUAGAUGAAAUCAAAAGUUGAAAAAUCCUUGUAGUCUCACUUCACUCUUGUAGUCAGCUCUACUCUCUCUCGUCCUGAAGUUUCUUCGUCCUUCGAUUCUUCUUUCUUACUUCUACCUUUCUCUAUAAUAUCUUCGGUGGAGCACACCUAACUAGAAAGCAAAAAACUACCUUUCUCUAUAAUGAUCAAAUGUGAUUUCUACAACUCUUCUUCGUUCUCCCUCUACAACUCACUCUAAUUUUUAUGACCGAGAAAAGCUGAUCGAUCGCGACCGGGAUCGCAGGGAUCAUCGCAGUCCCAGUAGAAGGUGAUAGUCGUGGAAGGUGAUACAUUGCUUCGUCAGGAUAUGAGAGGACGGCUAUAUGGGAGAGAUUCCCUAGUAAGUCCGUCUAAGAUAGGUUCUUGCCUCGUCCUCAGGAUAUGGAGCUCAUGAGGAGGGUAGGUUGCCUUCUUCUGUGGGAGAUCUUCUGUGGAGUGGACCAUCUAGAGGAGAGUGGAGAUCUAUGGGGGAGGGGAGGAGGCAAAAGAUCUAAAGGUAUGUGGAGGAGGCACGCACGACCACGCAGAAGUCGAAAUGUCGAUGUAGUGAGAAGAAUUAUCUUCAGCACUACUUAAUAUGAUGUAUUAAAGUCAAAUUAGAACUACCUGUAGAUAAAAAAUACAAACGAGAAAAAUGCAUAGCAAUUACACACACACACGACUAUUACACACACUAUUGUUGAACCGUACGAGAAACUACUUACAUGGAAACAAAAACAUAGAGAGCACUAAUUAUCUAAUAGCUGCGUACUUACUACAUGGAAACUAGCGUACUUACUCUUGAAGAUGGAAGUAAAACCUGUAGAGUUCGAUUGUCAUCAUCCCUAUCAUCUUUUAACGUACAUACAAACACAAUGAAACAUUUGAAACAUCAUAGUUACAAGCAUAUUUGUAAAGAAACUUAUAUUCCAUUCUGUCUUGGCACAAAGUCCUCAAAUCAUACCUUUCUUCUUUCUUGCACACCUAUCUUGUUUAAAAAGUUAUAAUGAUACAGAUAAAACAAUGAAAUAUCAACGUUACAGUUACACACACAUACACAAGAGAAUAAUUGAAAUUGUGACAUAGUAGUAAAAAACAUUCUGCUUCAUCUGCACACCUAUCUUGUCUCUGAGAAGAUAGGAAUUUCCUAGAACAACGCUUCUGCCACAGAAAACGUCACGACCUCCUCAUCAAUCUCCUUCACAAUCAAAGUAAGUUGUACCAAAGUGAAUUCGUAUCGUCUCAUGACGUGGUAGGUGGGGCUGCAGUCACUCUCACUGCAGCCGGGAGCCCGGUCCUCCCCCUUCAAUGCGGCCCCGUGACUGAGUGGAUUCGACGAGAAUGCCUCUUCAUCAGUAGGCAGCCAAGAUCUCAAUGAGUUGUGGAUUCGACGAGAAUGCCUCUUCAUCAGUAGGCAGCCAAGGAAUGAGGAAUGUUUCCGAGGUGAAGCAGGAAGCAGCACCCGAGGUGGGUACCCAAGCACUUGUGAAAGGUGGAUACUAUCCUGAUUUCGAAUCACCACGUGCAAGGUCUCUAGUAUGAUCAGCGUGUAAGGUGGUCAGGGACCAGAAGCCGUUCUUCCUAGUGCUCAGGCUUGGGGUCGCGCCGUUCACUUCGCCGUAAGGUGCCGACCUGGGUGACCUUUAAGCAUUUUGGUGGUCCGCCAGUUAGCGCCUUUGGUAGGAGUUACUUACUUAGCCCUCCGGUUUCUGUCAUUCUUUUUGGUUAUUUUUUGACGGUGGUGUUUGCGGAACAAGGUAGUUUAGAAGCGAUGGCGCGAAGAGUGAAGAGCCUAGAUUAGUGUAGCCUCACCAAUACGAUGACUUAACUGCAGAAACUCUAGUGCAAGGUGGUCCGGGACCAGAGACCGUUCUUACUUUAUUGUUCUGAAGUGGAACCUCCUCUAGAAGUACGUACCACCUCUUCUGGGAAAACGUGAUAUGUAGAGGACCGAAAAGAGAAUACUACUAAUUACCUACUGGACCACUGAAAAAGAAACUAAGUACCUACUCGACUGAUUCCAGGACCUAGAAGUAGAAAGCUUGAACUGUAGCUCUCUAAGUUAAAGGUCGUUUUGAACUGUAGCUCUCUAAGUUAAAGGCUCAGAAAGCGGACGUGGAGCUUGUGAAAAUAGCUGUCAACAACG